AUGGGCAGUCCUCGCCUAGAGCCAGCUUCAGGCUCCAAACAUGGCCCGGAGACACCUAUAGCUACGCAGAGUGAAAGCCACCACAUCGAAGCAGCAUGGAAGGCACCAAAGCCCAAAGAGGGCGAUACGGCCAUGGCGCUCUUCCAUGACUCGGACGAGCUUCAUGAGCCUAUCGACCCUGCCGAAGCAAGGAGGCUGUUAUGGAAGAUUGAUUUUAUGAUUUUGCCUUAUCUCGCUGUUUGCUAUGCCUUUUUCUAUAUCGAUAAGACAACUCUGAGUUACGCCGCUAUCUUCGGUAUCAACGAUGAUCUUAAUCUUCAUGGAAAAUAUCUGGGAGUUAACAUUUUCAUGUGGGGCGUUUUUCUCAUGAUCCAAGCAGCAUGCCAUAACUUUGCUACGCUUGCUGUUCUCCGAGCUCUGGGAGGAGCAGCGGAGGCCUGCGCGGAUCCUGCAUUCAUGCUCAUCACAAGCAUGUGGUACACGCGACGUGAGCAACCAGUCCGCAUUGGUUUAUGGUAUACAGCCAAUGGACUUGGUAUCGCGCUUGGUGGCUUGUUGGGUUAUGGCAUCGGCCAUAUCAAGGGCGCCCUUCCGUCGUGGAAGUACGAGUUCUUAGUGAUCGGUGCCCUGUGUUCAAUUUGGGGAAUCGUCAUGUUCAUCUUCCUUCCUGAUUCCCCGGUCUCUGCCCCCGGUCUCAAUCAGAGGGAGCGCAGGGUCGCGGUCGAGAGACUGCGAGACAACCAGACCGGUAUCGAGAACAAGCAUCUCAAGCCUCGUCAAGUGCUGGAAGCAUUCUUGGAUUACAAGAUGUACUUCUUCUUCACCCUGGGUCUUGUCUGCAACAUCCCCAACGGAGGGAUCUCAAAUUUUGGAACAAUCAUCAUCCAAGGAUUCGGAUACUCCACGCUAGUAACCACUCUCAUGCAGAUCCCCUACGGCGUUUUAAUCGGCCUGUCCGUGCUCGCCUGCGUCUACCUCAACGACCGCUUCGAGAACAGACGCUGCGUCUUCGUCCUGAUCUUCCUCAUCCCGAACAUCGCAGGAACAUUCGGACUGCGUUUUGUGCCGCUGGAUCGACAAGUCGGCCGUCUUAUCUGCUACUACCUGACAGGCCCAUACAACGCCGCCUUUGUCCUCAUUCUAAGUAUGCAGAUUGCAAAUACUGCCGGCCACACUAAGAAAGUCGUCACCAACGCCGUUCUUUUCCUCGGUUACUGUACCGGAAACAUCGCGGGUCCGUUCUUCUUCAAAGAUUCUCAAAAACCCACCUAUGAGCUCGGCAUCUGGUCCAUGAUUGUCUCGCACUUGAUCGAGGCUGUCAUCAUCAGCACCCUCGGGCUGCUACUUCGCUGGGAGAACAAGAAGCGCGAUCGAAUCCAAUCUCAGAUGGAGGGUGGCUUGGAAGGCCGGGAUCUGGAUUCCACGGCGUUUAUGGAUUUGACGGAUAGGGAGAAUAUGAAGGCGUUGCUGUGUGAGAUGCUAAUCAAUACUGUUGUCUAG